AUGGACAACGUCCUGCAGGCCUCGCUGGAGACAAGUGUUGACCUCGCCUUCCAGUACACCACAAGAGGGCUGUCCAGCACGCUCAAACGAGCUGCUCCUACAAGACCAAUGUCCAAUACCAAUCAGAUCGCAAUUUCCUUCCACUCCCAGCCUCUCGAGACGUCACGUGCACCAACAAGCAACGCAGAGCUACCAGGUCUGAAGUGUCAUCGAGACAAUGACGAGAUGGACAAGUUUAAGAGACUUGAGGUCAAGAAGGCCAUCCGACGUGAGCAGUGCCGAAAGAACCAGACACGCCACCGUCGUAGAAAAUGCACCCUCCACCAACGCAUUCAACACGAGGUGCAGCAGUUGCGUGAAGAGGUGCAGGGAUUGAAGCUUAAUCGUCAACUUCUACGGUUCGAGAAAAAGACAAACCCGAGUGCGUGGAAUAUCGUGAGCGACGUCUUCCGCCUUCUGGAAAUCGGUUUCUGCGCUCCAUGGCACAUGGUAAAUGCCGACGAGAUGAUGAAGCACACUGAAAUGUGGCAGAUUCUGGUUGAGUUGCUGAAGUCUUUCGAGCAAGCUGUGGGCAUGGAGGGCCUGCAUGGCGUGGAAAUGCUACUGGAACAACUACGACGCUACUCGUUGUAUUUCAGCGAGCCUCAGGUGCAUUUGCAGCGAGUUGAGGAGCUGGUUCCUGGUGUUGUGACGGUUACUGCCCGGCUCAAGCUGACGGUGUCGGAAUUCACGUUGCGCUGUGUGUUUCCGCGCCUUGAGAGACCGAGGGUUGGUGGUGACGAUGUGGAGGACAUACAUCGGUCUCUACGAAAUAAACUGCUUGGUAGGCGGCUGGACUGCCUUUGCAAGGUGACAUUCCCAAUGAACGAGGAGAGUGGCCGCGUGAGUCGAUUAGAGAUCUGUGUCCCAGCCAAUCUGGAGGAAGUCCCGGCCGGAGUGACACUUGUUGGAGGCGAGGAAUCCAUUCCUGAAUCCAACACGGAACGAUUCAUCGAGGGCCGUGGUCGGUUCUUCUGUCACCGCUUCCACUUCCCGUACGGCAGCGGUUUCCGCUACAGAUGGCGCUGGUGGAAAACGUUCGGCCGCCCUAUCUACGGUCCCCGUUGCCUGUUUGGUCGUCCUAUUGGAGGCUUCUUCUACUGCUAA